AUGCUGUGCCGCAGAAAACAAUGGUCUCCAAAGCAGAACACUGAAGCGAAUUCUCCAAUGCAAGAAUCUGAGGAACAAGAAGGCUACGACUCAAGUGGCUACAAUUCUGAGGAACAAGAAGGACACUCAAGUGGCUACAAUUCUGAUGGCUACAAUUCUAAGGAACAAGAAGGGCACUCAAGUGGCUACAGUUCUGAUGGCUACAAUUCUAAGGAACAAGAAGGGCACUCAAGUGGCUACAAUUCUGAUGGCUACAAUUCUAAAGAACAAGAAGGGCACUCAAGUGGCUACAAUUCUGAUGGCUAUAAUUCUAAGGAACAAGAAGGGCACUCAAAAACCAAGUGGCCUUGGCCCAGUGGUAAUGGACUCACAGCUGUGAGUACCGCCACCCGGGUUCAAGUCCCCUUGGCCACCUAG